AUGUCUCGAUCCUCGCCCGUCGCGGGGCCCUCCCGCUCCCCCACCCCAACCCCACCCUCCACCUACCGCAUCGAGCGCUUCGAGUCCUCCUCGUCUGCCAACCUCAUGGUCACCUCGCGCUCCAAGCGCAGUACGGCAGGCAACCGACUCAAAGCCUUGCUCGACCAAGAACUCGACAAGGACGAAAUCUUUGCCGAGGUCGAGAACGAUAUCGACUUUGAAGCGAACGAGAACGAAGACGGUGUGGAUAUUGUCGAUAGCGACUUUGAUCGGGAUAGCGAUGACGAUGCGCGUGCUGCCGCAGAUGAGAGCGAAGGGGAGAGGGAGAUCGAGGCGCAGGAGAAGGCGGAGAAGUCGAAACGGAGGGCGGCGGCGAGGGCGGUGGGUGUCGUGAGGCGGCCUGCUGCGCCAGUGCAGCGCCCGGCGAGAAGACCUGCACCAGAGACCGCAGGGGAGGGGAGCAAAGAGGUCAAAAGGAGGCGUAUCAGCUUCGCGCCAGACCAACCAUCGCCAAGCUCGUCCCAGGUGAGUGGGGGAAGGAGACGAACCUCGGCACGAUCCGCAACCGUGCAGAGCAAGCUCGAAGUCGAAUCGCGGCUGGAAGAGGCGAGUCAGCGUAGAGCAGCACUACCGGCAAGACCCGUGGUCAAGAAGAAGGCGACGUUGACACAGGAUGCGCUCAUCGCAGAGGCGUUGGAGGUGGAAGAGGAGAACAGGGAGAGUCUGAGAAGGUUCUUGGAGCAGGAGGAGGAGCGGAGGGCAAAGCAGAGGCAGAGGAAGGAGAGGAUCACGGGGCCGUUUGUAAGGUGGGUCAGCGUUGGGUUGAAGACCAAGGUGGUGGAGGAGCUUCCGAAGGCAGAGGACAAGGAGCAGCGGAGCGAGACGAAGGCAGGUGCGGAAGGAGAGAGUGCGAGGGCAUCGACAGCAGAAGACACCACGGCGCAUCCGGCAGCAGCGUCAUAUGUUCGGUCGGCGUCGAUCGAGGCGCACACCACACAGGACGACGCCGACAGGUCAGGGAUUACGGAGCCUAACGGGACGGUCACACUGCCGAAACGACCAGAAGCAUCUGCGGAUGCAGAAGCGAAGGAGGCAUCGAGGAGCAUCGAUGUCGAUGCGACCAUGGCCGAUGCGUCCAAGCCAGCAGAGGGGGCCGGCACGAUCACAACGCAGGCCGAUCCGACGACAUCGGAAGCCAUGCCCUCAGCCGCAGCAGCACCGUCUGUACCACCACCACCGCCCACUACACCACCUUCUUCCUCCACCACGCAACCGACCUCACUCGCUCCGACGCCAGCACUUGCAUCUGCAACAAACGCCGCCCUGACCCUGGACCCCGUCAUCGCCGCGCGUCAGCAAGCCGCCCUUCUACGCACCACCACGAACACCGCCACUACCCCGUCCACCUCUUCCACCACCGCCCCUUCGUCGCGGUACGAACUCCAGUCGCGCACGAUCCUCACCGUCGAGCGCGCACCCGACUUUACGUGGUUGGACGAAUUCAACGUGCUUCUCGGCUCGCACGUCGAUUGGUCUGCCUACCCCUUUGUUCCGUCUCGCAAUCGGCCGUUGAAGCCCCGCCAGUCAAUUUGCCCUAUCACCGGGCUGCCAGCAGUAUACAAGGACCCACGAACGGGUAUUCCCUUUGCGAACAGUUUUGCGUACAAGGUGCUUACACGGGUGCUCGAGGGCGGGUUUGUUUGGUCUGGUGGACACUAUGAGCGACGUGGCGAGGACGAGGGGAAGGGAAAGAAGAAGGAGAGGAGGGGGAGGGAGGCGGGAGCUGUGCCGAUCGAAAUGGGCGUGUAUUUGGAUGAUGAGGCUGAACAAGGACCGGGGAAGGUCUGGGAUACCGCCCGCUCAACCGCACCCGCUCCCAAAGCCGUCGCUACACCAGCAAAGACUCCAGCACCAUCAAAAGCAGCACCGACCUCAAAAGCAACAAGUACCCCCUCCAACACAGUUUCAACCGAGCCAGACGAGGCCAAGAAGAAGAGCAAACCAGGCUUCGACGUCGUCCUCACCAACGCCAUCGCUCCGGGCGACGAAAAGAGCGUCCUCGCCGCCGCGCUCUCCCUGCCCGCAGGUUCGACCAGAUCCGGUCGCCGCGCUCGUAAUGUUUGA